GCCGAGGAGGAUCCCGCCGCCGCUUUCCUGGCUCAGCAGGAGAACGAAAUCGCGGGCAUCGAGAACGACGAGGGCUACAGCAUCCUGGAGAGCGGCGAGGUGCCGGAGGUGCUGCAGGUUCCGGAGGGCCUCGACUCAGGUGCUGUUGAUGGAGUGGUUAAUGGAGAUGUCUAUCAGGAGAGUAAUGGUCCAACAGACUCCUAUGCUGCCAUAUCCCAAGCAGAUCGACUGCAGUCAGAACCGGAGAGUAUUCGUAAGUGGAGAGAAGAGCAAAAGGAGCGCCUGGAGCAACUUGAUGCAAACUCACGAAAGCAGGAAGCAGAAUGGAAAGAGAAAGCAAUAAAGGAGUUGGAGGAGUGGUAUGUGAGGCAAGAUGAAAAGCUCCAGAAAACAAAAGCAAGCAACAGGGUGGCAGAUGAAGCUUUCUACAAACAACCCUUUGCUGACGUGAUUGGUUAUGUCACAAACAUAAAUCAUCCUUGCUACAGCCUAGAACAGGCAGCUGAAGAAGCCUUUGUGAAUGAUGCAGAAGACAUUUUUCCGGGAACUGAGUGGGAACGUGUGGCUCAGCUCUGUGACUUUAAUCCCAAGUCUAAUAAGCAGGCAAAAGAUGUGUCCCGCAUGCGUUCAGUUCUCAUCUCACUCAAGCAGGCUACACUGGUUCGCUGAAGGAAAGCAAAAUGGAAACACUACAAAUGCAAUAUCUUAACCUUACUCAGAGAAGCUAUGUUUGCAGUAAUUGGAUUAAUUGUUUCAGUGUUCUUUUUGGACCAAACCUCAUGAUGUAUCUAGAGCUGAUCAUUGUUUGAUUGCAUGUUAUGUUUCCUGUCUGUGUCUGAAAUGGGAGAACCUCCAGAACUGUAGUCUCUGUGCUGUUGUGCACUGAGAUGUCACUUCCCACAUUACUGAUAUUAAAGAUUUGUUAAACAGCAAAA